AUGGCGAAUCCACUCGCUUUCUACAUAGAAAUGCCCCCGGUGACGCGAGUUUACACGACAGCUUGCGUCUUGAUAACAUUGGCCAUUCAACUCGACUUUGUGUCACCAUUUCAACUUUACUUCAAUUGGGACUUGAUAGUUGAACAAUAUCAAAUUUGGCGAUUGGUGACUCCUUUUUGCUUUUUUGGAUCCUUUGGGUUCUCAUUCUUCUUUAAUAUAGUCUUCACAUACAGAUAUUGCCAAAUGCUAGAAGAGGGCUCUUUUCGCGGUCGCCGAGUUGAUUUCGUCUACAUGUUUUUACUGGGAUCUACAUUCAUGAUCGUCUGCGCAAUUUUUUUCCAAAUCCUCUUCCUUGGACAUGCCUUUACGAUGAUGAUGGUUUACGUUUGGAGUCGCAGAAAUCCGCAUAUCAGAAUGAAUUUCUUCGCCGCGUUGACUUUCGAUGCGCCAUAUUUGCCCUGGGUAUUGCUCGUCUUUUCGGUGAUUCUUGGAAAUAAUGCAUUGGUCGACUUUAUCGGAAUCGUUUGUGGUCAUUUGUACUUUUUCUUGGAAGACGUCUUUCCCUAUCAAGCGAAUGGUAUUCGAAUUCUCGAACCACCUCAUUGGUUAAAGUAUCUAUGUGAUGAGUCUCAAACUGAAUUUAUGCCAGAAGAAGAGCGACCCGGCGGAAUG